UCAGCAAGGCUGGACGCCGUGAAGACGUACAUGCGCAUGCGCCGCGUACCAGAGCACCUGACAGAAAAAGUGAUCCGGUGGUUUGACUAUCUUUGGCUGACGCAGAAGUGUUCGGACGAGGAGCGCUCGGUGGGUUGUUUGCCCGACAAGCUUAAAGCCGAGAUCGCCAUCCAUGUGCACUUGGACACGCUGAAGCGCGUAGAGAUCUUCCAGAACACGGAGGCCGGUUUCUUGUGUGAAUUGGUGCUCAGGCUCAGACCCGUCCUCUUCAGCCCUGGUGACUUUAUCUGCAGGAAAGGUGAGGUAGGCAAGGAGAUGUACAUCGUAAAUCGCGGACGACUCCAAGUGGUGACGGACAACGGUCGAACCGUGUUGGCAACCCUUCGGGCAGGAAGCUACUUUGGCGAAAUCAGCGUCCUUAACAUGGGAACGGCGGGGAACCGGCGUACCGCCUCGGUACGUUCCGUCGGCUACUCGGAUCUUUUCUGCCUCUACAAGCAGGACAUGUGGGACGUCCUCAAGGACUAUCCAGCCGCUAGGGUCCGACUGGAAGCCAUCGCGGUCAAGAGGCUGGAGAAGUAUAAGAAGGAGGAGGACGGGAAAAAAGUGCCCAUUGAUCCUGCAUCUCUGGGGCGCAGCCGGAGCACGCCAGGGCUUGUGGAAUCGCGGGGCAAGGUGCCCCUUGAGGACAUGACCAUCCUGGACGACAAUGACGAGAGCCGGCAUCUCCGGAGCGACAGCUCAGCCCCACCCUACGCUGCUCCCCCCAACUUCCUCUCCGCUCCGGGGGCGUUCUCCUACUCCUACGGUCCGGACUCGAGGCCUCCCUCGCGCGGCAACCUGGCCCCUGCUUCCCCCUAUCACAGCUCGAACCUGGAACCGACCACUUACCCGCCCCCUGCUGCCUUCGGGCCGCAGGCUUACCCGGGCCGGGAGGUGUUGCUGGCUGAGGUGAAGCGCCUUCGGGAGCGGCUGGUCGGGUUGGAGGCCGACAAUGCAACCAUGAGCCUCAAACUGAGCCAGCAGCACUGGGACGUGGAGAAUCGUCUGGCCGAGAUCGAGCUUCAGCUGUGCACAGCCACGGCAACCACCUCGCCCAGCAUCCCCAGUCCAGACGACAACAACCAAGAAUCCAUUAUAUGA